AUGCCCAAUCACAGAUGCUCCCAGGCAGGGUUGUGUUGUCUCAUGCACGCUGCUUUAUUAAUAACCCUGGUUAAUUUUAUGAAGUCCUUGCCCUGCCAUGGAGCCGAGGGGCGGUGGAGCAGAAGGGAGCGGGCUUUGUCCCCCCGCCCAGCCCAGGGGCGGUGCGGCAGGGCCGAGCUCCCACCCGCACAGCCCUCGCUCCUCAUCCAGUGUCGGCUGGAGAGGGGCAGAGCCCUCGUCCCGCGGGGCUCGCAGGCUGCCGGUGCCAUGCGGGGCCCGCUGCUCUGGGCGGGCUGGCUGCUGGCCGCCGGCUGCCUGCUGGGAGCCACGGGCAGCUGCCGGCACCGCUGCUGCCCCGGCAGGAACAACGCCUGCUGGGCCCCCGGCGCCCGCCGGGCUCGCUGCUACUGCGACUCGUACUGCCAGCGGACCGGAGACUGCUGCCAGGACUACCCCACCUCGUGCCGCCGUGCCGCGGUGGGCUGUGCCGUGGGGCCCUGGGGGCCGUGGAGCGGGUGCAGCUCCCCGUGCGGAGCUGGCAGCAGGGCCCGCAGCCGCCAGGUCACGGUGCCGCCCCGGCACGGCGGCGAUCCCUGUCCGGACCUCAAGCAGCGCCGCGGCUGCCUGGGGCAGCACCCGACCUGCGGCACGGCCCAAGCUGCUCUUGUGCCAGAGGUAGCCAAGAUUCUCCCCAACUCCUUCAGCCAGGACUUCAGAGAUCCCUGGCGAAGAGCUGGGAUGCCACCGCCGGAGGAGCCCUCUGGGUACGUGUGGGGAAGGGGCCCCUCUGUAACCCCCGUCCCCAAAGCCGAGACCCCUCCUGCACCCCCUGUGCUCAUGGCCUCUUUGCACCCCCAGCCAUUGCUUUUCUCCCUGCCCCAAAGCACGGGCCGUUUGCACCCCCAUACAAAACCAUGGCCCUCUGCACGCCCCACAGAACCACCAUCCUUCCCGCCCUCCAAACCCGGAUCCCUCUGCACCCCCCAGAGCCAUGACCCUUCCCACCUCCCCAGCCGUGCCCCCUCUGCCACUCCCAAACCCACAUCCUCUUUAUACCCCAAUCCAUCAACAACCCACCCCAAUCUCUGCCCUACCUCCCGACCACCAUUUUCCCUCUUUCCUCCUCCCCAGCUCCUGCGGCUAUUUCCGCCUGACCCAGGUGGGGCUCCCGUGCCGCGGGCGCGCCUGGAGCCGCCGGCUGCAGCGGGACAGGCAGGUCUGUGUGGAAUGCCGGGGGAAUCUGCCCCACCGCCGUCCCCAGUGCACCGGACACGGCCUGCAGGGAGCCAGGACAUUUUGGGUGGCCGCUUCUGUGGUGGGGUGCCAGGGCUCAUGGGUGCAGGAGGGCCUGCAGGAGGGCUGUGUCUGCUCCCCCCCAGCUCUCAUCUUUGUGUAGGGAAGGUUUGCUGUUCACCCUUGGUGCCAGCUCCCUCUGUUUUCCAUUAAAUAUUUUGCUGAAGAAUUGAAAAAAACCUUCUUAUAAAGACUAAAAAUAAGGGAAUUGCUGAAGUGUGGCAAUAAAUGGUAGAAGAACAGCAUGAUAAGGUUAAGUCUGGGUGAGAAGACGAUGUGGCAGUGACAUGGUGUGAUGAUGUCACACUCAGCCAUGACAUCAUACUUUACAAGCUGCAACUGGUAAGCAAUGUGAGGAUGGAGGCAGCAUCCCUCCCUUGUCUGAGCUCACUCACUGCAGUAUCAGAUGAGCCAUGCAGGGCAGUUCAGCCCUGCUGGGCUUUGCAGAAUUAAACAGACACCCAAAGUCUGCACACAGGCGAUGGUGCCGGUGCCCAGUUGCAGCCAUGGGGCUCAGCAGCCCCCACUGGAAGGAGUGAGGCUGGGCUGGUGCUGCUGCUGCCCUUCUCCACACCUCACCCAGCACAACACGACCUUGCUGGUGGGGUCCCUGCUCCAGCUCUGGGUGGUGCUACCAUAGCCUGUGGUGGGAGCAUGUGCCAUGCUAGGGCUGGAUCCUGCUCCACUGCAGCCAGAGGCUGUUGUCUGUUUGCUGCCUCAGGGCAUGUCUGGCUCCUGCAGCCUGUUCUCACACCACCCUCCUGGGCAGGGGAAUUAAAAGGCUUCAACACUG